UUGUGUCCUCUUUAUUGGAACAUGUCGUAAAGCAGGACACAACACACACUGGUGCUGUCGUAAACACUGUCCGGUUUAACCUACUUUAUUAGUUUUAUUUGUUUUGUAUUUAUUUAACGCGCCGCAGCCUUGCAGCAAUUUGAACUUUAUUUAGUCGGUACUGACGCGUUUCUUCCUCGGUUGUCUCCAGGUUUAUAUUUUGGAGAAUAAAAUGAGUUCCAGUGGAAAGUUAAAGCCCGGCACUGUGAGAUGUAAGGAGACUAAAAAGAGUUUUUUCACAUCAUCACAAAAGCCUGCGGACACUGCCACCAGGACAGCUCUGCAUAUACUGCAACCCAAAGCGGUCAACAAGGACUUGGGGAUGGCAGCCCUGGGAUCAAGAGUCAUUCCUAAACGAAAACAGUGGAGUGCAGCACAAACUAGAGGCCCAAAGAGGGUGAAGGUGGAAGUCAAAUCUACACAAACUGAAGAAAGGCAGUGUCUGACAGAUGGCAUGUCUGCUGAAGUGUAUGAGCUUAUGGUCAAAGAAACUCCUCCAGCCACCUACUGGAAAGAAGUAGCAGAGGAGCGACAAAAAGCCUUGUAUAAUGUUCUACAGGAGAACGAGAAGUUGCAUAAGGACAUAGAGGCAAAAGAUGAACAAAUAACACAGCUAAAGAGUGAAAAUGAAGAACUGCAAGAGCUGGCACAGCAUGUACAAUACAUGGCUGAUAUGAUUGAGAGGCUAACUGGGAAGAGUCCAAAUUGUCUGGGUGAGCUGAGGGACAUUGUCCUUGAUGUGGCUGAGGACCAUGACUCCACAGAUCAACAGAAGGAACACAAUGAAGUGUCAGGGCUUCAUGAGGAAGAGGACUCUGACUGCAGCCAGAGUGACAUGGAGGAGGAGGAAGAUACUGAGGGUUCCGACUGAACAAGCAGUGUGACCGGGAGAACAGGAUUAACUGUUGGCAUAUCAUGGGACUACGACCGGUUUAAAGGUCUGCUUUAAGGCAGUGCAUGUUUUAUCAGCAGGUGGCCAGUGAGGUACAAUAGUGCUGUUUAGUAUGUGCCAAACAACUUUAUUCUGGACCACAUCAGUCAGUGUUAACAUUUACACACAGGGCUUUUUGUUUUGUUUUUUGAAAUUGUGAUUUUUAUCUUUUGCUACACUGUUGGUGUUUAAUCGAUCCAGUUUUAAUAAAACUUUUUUAUGCAGGAUGUCUCGACACAUUGCAGUAAAAUUGUACAUUUCCAAACUGAAGGCUAGCUUCAGGAUGCUAUAACGACAAUCUACAUGGUAGUGUGUUAACACCUGUUCAGUUUCUGCUGUGAAAAAUGUUUGCGUUUGAAUUUUUAUAGGAUUAUUUGGUUGUGAGGAGCUCGGCCCUCACAUGUUUACACUGUAAAAUUGUACAUUAAUGGCCCAGUUGUGUAAAUAAGCCUUGUGUAAAGUAAACUUUAAAAAAAUGACUUUGUCUGGUGACCCUUGAUGCCUCUAGCUAAAUUUAUCUGCAGCUGUUUUGUCUUGUAAGAGUCAAGUUUUGGUUCCCGCUGGGAUGUCUGGAGUUUGUCAGAACUUUAUUCAGUACUGUCAUUAGUAUGCAAACUUGGGUACUUAAUAAUAAUUCCAAAUACAUUUGUAGCUUCACUACUACAGGAUGAUGGAGAGAAGAUAAGUCUGCUCAAAGGAUUCUUAAACUUAAAUUCAAUAAGACACAUUUUAUACACUUUGUCUAUACCAUUCAGGAGGAUCUGCCUUUUUAUUCCAACUACAGUUGUUUGGACUACAACCUCUAAAUGAUGUCAUUCAGGGUUUUUGAGACAGUUCCUCGUUAUGCAAAAAUAAACUUUAUUGCAAUGUUUCAUAAGCAGAUGACACGAUGCUAAUCACACUGAAGACAAAUUAUGCAACUAAAUGGAUCAGUACUGAGGCUGUUGACCACAGAAAAUAUGAAUAAAAUUCAACUUUAGAAAAUACCUCCAACUUAAUCUAUUUUCAAAUAUAGAUGUGUAUUUUGCCAUGUUGUACUUUGUGGAGACUAGAAAUUGACUAUAAAAAAAUAACGCUGGUCAACAUUCCAAAUGUGAAAAGAAAAUGACUAACUGAAAAGAAAAAGGGGUGGAAAAAUAGUCCCGUCUAUCUGGGUUAGGUACUAUUCCAGAGUGCUGUAAUGUUAUUCGUCUUAAAAUGUACAAUGUUUUGCAAAAGGCUGAAUGGGGGGGCCCUUAAUUCCAUCUGUAGUUUUUAGUAACUGCUCCACACACUUACAGAUAAUACAAAUGAAACAAAAAUAUAUUUCAUAAAAAUAUUCAGAUUUGUUUUUGUUUUUUUUCCCCCAAUCAGUAUGGCUUUCGGACUGUGCAGUUAGAACCAAAUGUAACAUGUUUCAUAGAUUGUAGUUUGUUUCAAUAUUUAAGUUGUGCUUCCAAAGGUUAGAUUCCAAGUGGAAAUGUUGAAUUGAAAAUGCAUUGUCCUAGAUGAAUUAUGAGAUAAGACAAAUUUAAAAUUAUUCUCCUUUGGUUACAGUACAUAUCUAAGUAAUAAAGCAACUUCUCAAAUAUAUAUCAUCCCAUGGCAUUUGGGGCUUUUUAGGGAAAGAAAUCUAUACUGUUAUAAAAUUAAUACUCUUCAAAAUGAUUAUUACUCCAAUAUAACUCAUUCAAAAUAAAAUCCAGUUUUUAAAGUUAAGCAUGCAGUCAGUUGCAUGGUAACAACGAAGCCUUUUUUUUUUUUAAAGAAUAAACAAUAUUUCAAAUACUAGAGCAGAGCCAAAAUAAAACAAAUAUACAAAUCAUUUACAUGUCAAUGCCACUAUUACAUUUUACAGGAUAACGUCAAAGAAUGUUAGAAUUACAAGGAGUAAAUAAUAAAUAAAAUGAACAUGUGUGAUACUUGUCAUUGUGCACCAGACUCAGUAGUACAGUUACAAUAAGUGAGGUUGAAAUUAAAUUGACAUCUUAACUCCGGUCACUUUUUUCCCCCACAUUAUAUUUAACAAUUCAGACCCAAACUGGACUUCAUGGACCAUAUUCAUCCGGUGGCCGCUUUCCUCUGACAUCAUGCUCAGGGCGGUUACCUCAAAUACUUUGAUCAAAAACAUAAAAUACUUUGACUGUUAAUGCAGAAAGUAUGACAUUAUUUCACAGCCUCUUGUUUUUUCAGCAACUGAAAAAAAUGUUUACAGAAAAUCUGGAGGGAAAUAUUUCAAAAUAAAGUAAAAAUUUUGAUACUAAUAACCUUUAGCUUCCAUUUCACAAUCGCUAUCAUUAGCUUGAUAUCAAGCAAACUAAAACUUCCAAUAGAUAC